AUGCCGGUGCGCGAGAAGCACGCCAUGCUCUCGGGGAGGUCCACCGCCGACCGACUAGUCGCCUGCGAGCGCCACCUGGCGUCCCUCACGACCGGGCGAGGGGGGGGGGUGCCGCCCGCGCUCGCGGAGCCCCGUGACGUCACCGCGGUGGCCGAAGCCUUCACCCGCCACAUCUCCGACGCGGGCCACACGCCCGAGUCUGUGGCAGCGGCAGUGUCCGCCGGCCCUGAGGAUGGUAGUAGAGAAGAGGAACAGGGCGACGCGGGAUCGGACGAAGACUGAGGAGGCUUAAUCCGCGGUGUGCGCCGGCGGGAAAGAAACGAGUCAAUUAUCAUUUUUUUGUUUUGUUCCGAAGUCCCAUGGGGGACGUGGGGUGAAACGAUGGGGUUGUCGUCACCUGCACUGCUACUGCGUCGGCGCAAUACCGGAUUGAAUUGGCGAUGACGACUUGGGAACUGUUUUGGGCGAGCGGGGUUGGAGGGACGGAGGGACGGUGGUGUGUGUUCUAUAAAUAAACGUACAAAAAAUCAUUUUGUAGGUACGGGACCGAGUGGUGUACGCAGGAAGUUCCCGAUCCAUGGGGUAAACUAGUAGCUUGCUUGUUUCGGACCGAGAGAGGGGUGGUUCUCGAGGAGGAAAAUUGUGUGCGUGCAUUGGAACGGGGGGGUGACGAUACAACGCGGGUUGGGUGUACCCCUGGGUGUACUUCGAUGUUGUGAAAUUUUUUUUUUUUGGUUGUCGUCAAACAUUUUCUGUACUCUUCGUUUCGAGAGCAACGAAAGAGGAAGCCAAAAAGUAGCGGCGUUCUCCCACGUGUGGGGUGCCGCGGAUGGGAUGUGUCUACUUAAAAGGGGGGCUGUACUCAUAGUCGUGCAUGCCGUAGUCGUUAGACCAUUGACCUCGCAUCCCUACAAAGCCGGGACGGAGUACGCCGGGUUCUCACCGANGGGGGGGGGGGGUAAAUCUUUGAGGCGGUGCCGGCAUAUUGCCUUGAGCUGGCAAUGGGUUGCUAGGGAGACCAGGCCUACUCAUCUGUGUGUCUGAGUGUUCGUUCUCCGAAACGUGGAGGGGGGGGGAUAGUGGCUAAGCUUGUUCGCUCUCAAGACCCUCAAUGAGGUAUACCCUCGAGAAGUCUCCAACUUCUUUAUCCAAAAGGCACACAGCGUGGUCGGGUUUUGUAUCCUGUGGAAUAUUUCAUGACGCAUAUUCCAGGUGAGGAUUAACACGCGCGGGUAUUGAGGGCGGGAGAGGCAAGGGGUCCCGAGUAUGGGACAAGAGAGAGGCGGGUGUCUGCUGCUUGUAGGCGUGGCUUAUGUGUGUGAGGCACCAACAGCAGCAGGAGCCCAAAUGUCGACAGGCUGGCUCAUUUUGCUAUCGGUACAGAGCCUAAGAAUAUAUAUGUUGUUCCAGGUUUGAAAUGGGAUUCAAGCGCAACAAAGCAUCUUGCCUGGUUGACUUGCUGCCUGGCCUCACUCGUAGGCACAUUGCCCGGUUGCGCGCGUGUAUAUUCAUGCCCUCCUAGAUAGAGUCAAAGGCGUGAAGGAGUGUUGACCGGGGUGAGCUGGAUAUCGCCGCGGCGGAAGAAUAAAGUCCGCCUAAUGCACAACAACGCGGCGCGCGGGGAAGCAACCAAUCGUAUGCCACGCACUAUAUAUCUUUCGCCGUA